AUGGUUUCACUGCGCAAUUUGGUAUUUACUCUGGCGGUCUGCCUCCUGUCCGCCCCCGCUGAGGCUCAACGGGGUGGACCGCAGCAGCGUCCUGGCCGCGGUCCUCCGCCCCGUGGUCGCCCGCCUCCAGGACCCCCAGCUCCGGGCCCACCCGGCCCGGGCCGGGCGGGUCCUGCCCCGGCUCCCAACCCGGUACCGCAGGCCCCUGCAUCGCAACCCCCGGCUCCGCAGCAGUCUUCGCCCACUGCGCAAAUCUCGGUGCAAGCUUCUACAGGUGCACCGCAGAGGCCUGCUGCAACCACCUCGUCCUCAGCCCCCUCCGUCGCCGCUGUGUCGUCGUCGUCGUCCAGCAAGCAGGCACAGCCAUCCGCAUCGCCGAACGGGCCGUACGCGAUCACGGGUCUGAAAACGGGCAUAGACAGCACGUCCGGCCAGCGCCCGCUGCGCAAGAACAUCAAUGAUCUUCAGUCGUCAGGCGCACAAUGGGAUCUGUACAUUUUGGGCCUUGCUGCGAUGCAAAGAGACGAGCCUGAGAACGACAAGCUGUCGUACUUCCAGAUUAGCGGUAUUCACGGGCGACCCUUCAUCCCUUGGAACGGUGUCCAGGCGGUAUCGGGCGGUUCCGGUGGCGGAUACUGCCCUCACGGUAACGUCCAGUUUCCCAUGUGGCAUCGACCCUACGUCGCCCUAUUCGAGCAAGUCCUCGGCGGCCACAUCCAGGCCAUCGCCGCCAACUACACCGGCAGCCGGGCGCAGGAGUACAAGACGGCGGCCGACAACUGGAGAACGCCCUACUGGGACUGGGCGGCCGACGGCGGCGCCCAGCUUCCCGCCGUCACGACACAGGCCACCCUCACCGUCAACGGGCCCGGCGGUCCGGUGCAGCUCGCAAACCCGUUGUUGGGGUACAAGUGGCAGAGCUUCCCGCUGAACUCGGCCUCGAAUUACUUCCCGAAGAGCGGCGACCGGAAUCUCUGGUCCUGGCCCCAGACGACGCGGUACCCGGACAGGAACGGGAACAACAGGCCUACCUUGGCCAACCAACAGCUCAGUCAGGAUGACUUGAAGGCGAGCACGUAUAAUGUCUUUUCCACCGCUACCGACUUCGAGACCAUGGCCAGCACCGGCAGCUCCGGCAACAGCUUCGAGGCCGUGCACAACUCCGUCCAUGGAGCCAUCUACGCGGUCAUGGCUUACAUUGAAUACGCCGCCUUCGACCCUGUCUUCAUGCUGCACCACACCAACAUCGACCGCCUCAUCUCCAUGUGGCAGGCCAUCCACUACACCAACAAACUGCAAACACGCACCCUCCCAUCCGACGCCCUCUUCGCCACGGCCGCCAACACGCCCAUCACCGCAGACAGCCCGCUCAAGCCCUUCUACCGCGACACCUCCGGCAACUUCCACACGGGCAGGACGGUCUCGGACAUCAAGACCUUCGGCUACUCGUACCCCGAGAUCAGCGACUGGAACCAGACCCCGGACGCCCUGGCCAAGCAGGUGACUGUCUCCGUCAACCGGCUGUACGGCCCGGGCGGCAGCGGCGCGAAGAAGGUCAAGGCCCGUCACAACCACAACCAUCGCCGUUCCGGCUGCGGCAGCAAGAAGGGAAAGACGGGCUCCGCUCCGUCGACGCCCGCGUACGGGACUGGGAGUGGUGCCGCCCCCGCUACGCACAAGGAGUUCACGGCCUCGGUCGACCUGGAGCGCAGCGAGCUGCCGCUGCCUUGCAGCGUCUCCGUCUACGUCAACGGGGAGUUCGCGGGAAAGAUCAGCGUCAUGAGCAUGCCGACGUCGGGAAUCAUGCACAGCACCGUGCCGCUGAACAAGGCGUUGGAAAAGCUGGGUAAGAGCAUGGAGAUCACGGCACCUCAAGCCAACAGCACCAUUCCGGCGACGAACGGUACAGCUGCCCAGCAGCCGGUGGUUUCUUCGGAAGAUAGGGAGAUCAUUCAGAAGCAGCUCUCUGUGGAGAUCCAGAGCGUCGAUGGGACAAUCUUCCCCGUUUCUUCGGCUCCCUCGCUCAAGAUCAAGGUUGAGCUGCAGCAUGUUGCGACGCCCCUGUCCGAGGACAGUUUGCCGGUUUUCACUCCCGUUGCUGUUGGUCCUCUCGCUAAGCCGACAGAGUAUAGCACAUCGUAUUGA